AUGGCGAGUCGUUGUUUUCGGUUGGCAAUGUCCGCAGACGCGAAUCACGCCGAAAGUGUCUGCAAUCUGGCCGUUCUGCAGAUGCGAGACGGCAAACUUGAACAAAGCCGAGCGUUGUUUCUGUCGGCAAUUCAAAAAGGACCACAUCUUUUCGAACCACACUUCAAUCUGGCACUACUCACCUAUCAGGUUAUAAUUUAG